AUGAGCAGCUCCAACCCCAACCCCACCCCGCCCAACUCGCAGGCGCAGCCGCACCCACCUGUGGUCAACGCCCACCCCAACCCCUCGCGCAUCGGCGACGCUCUCGGCCUGCGCAAACUUGUUCUCCCCGCCCAGCUCCUCUUCGGCGAGUGCCAGCACAGAGCUGAAGGCGGAGACCGUAGCCUCCUCGGCUCUUGCCACCAGCAUUCAUGGAACGGCAUCAGCGACCCGAUCCAGUGCCCUGGCUGCCAAAAGCACUUCUGUGCCACUCACAACAACGACCCAAUCACCCACACUUGCGCUGCGAUUGCCACUGAUGCCGAUGCCUUCAAGCGCUUUGGCCUCAUGGCAGGUGUCGAGAAACACUUCAACGUCUUCAGGACUGCCGUUCCAUUCAUCAUGGCAGCAGGCAAAGUUGCGUCGCCGACCCUCCAACCUGACAACAAGAUCAACGUCACGGUUCCCCCCAUCCCGUCGAUUUUGGACGAGGACGCUUUCGAGUCGUGGCGCCAAGACCGCGACAAUAUCGACAUCGAUGUGACUUGGGAGGGCGUCGACACCCCCUAUGUCGCACGCCUGAAGAAGAACCUCUCCUACCCCAAGGAGGUGGGCGCCAUCUUCGCCAUGAACCAGGCCGCGGUCCUCGGCAACCUCAGCGGAAGCGGUGUCCGUGCUCUCGUCCCAAGGGCGAUCCAGGUGCCGGAGAAGUAUGACAUGAACUACUUCUUCUUCAUGCAGGUCCUCAAGGGCACGCCACUCGAGCCUGCUGACCCGCGUACAAUGGCUGCCAUCCCCUCCAUUGCCUCGUACCUCAUCGAUCUCGUGGGACACCCAUUCCUUGGCGUCGGCAGCUUCGUGCCCAACCCUCCCAAAGAGACUCCUCAUGCCGCCUCCUCGUCGGCUGUGACCGACUCUCUCCCAUUCAAGGCCGACGAGUGUCUCGGCCCCCCUGUCCAUAUUCUCCAGAAGUCGCCACUCUGGGCCGCUUUUGAGCACCACCUGGGUCCCACCCCGUCCAUCAAGGCCCUGUACCUUCGCCUCCUCGGCGACCUCAACGACGUCAUCGAGGGCAGCGUUCAGAACGGGCAAUUCAGCUACUUCCAGGCCGCCAACUAUCUCAUGAACCUUGAGUUCACGAGCUGGAUUGAGGAGGACGCGACGAUGGACUCGACCCACCAGUCGUACAUCAUCGCCAGCGACAACCAGUUCCUCGUUGAGGAUGGUGAGCUGACGGGAGUGACUCAGUGGCAGAAUGCCUACACCGGUCCUCUGGCCCAAGCCUGUGCCCCUCGCGUCCUUAUCCCCGAGCAGGAGUAUUACGAUGGGCGCAACACUCUCUCGGCAGCAGAGGAAAGCCUUCUUGCCGAGUUUCAGAACCGCGGCAGGGCGGACAUGGCCGACGACGUCCGUGCCAACGCACGCAAGUUCCAGCGCCUGGAGGACGUUGUCGGGCGCAACUUCAGCACGCUCUGCAUAGAGGACAUCUGGGGCCUCUACCGCGCGUUCCACGGCGACUCCGGGGAGGAUAUGCCCCUGUGUACGUCGGAGUGGCUGGAAGAACUCGGCGAGAAGUACAAGAGCGGCCACCCAGCGAUCACGGCCUUCUUUGCUUCCGACGACUACAGGACGCAGAAGGAGCAGGCCCGCCAAGUCAUCUGGGCCGAGGCAAACAAGCGUGAGGAACUUCUCGGUCGUCAUCGCCCGUCCGGAGACGUCCGGAGGACCCCAGCCGGCCCCGUCACUCUUCCAGGUAUUCAGGCCAUCAACAGGGCGCUGAGCAGCCUGGCCAACUUCACGCCGUCACCUGGCCGCGUGUGGCGCCGCCGCGAUCGUGUCUCCUCCAUCCCUCCUUCCGACCCACCGCAACCUCCUCCCGAGCUUGACGCCGCCUCCUCUGGUGACGAAAACGGAGACGGUGAUGACAUCAGCGGCAGUGAUGAUGACAACACGCGCGGCACCAUGCGCAUCCGUCACUCCGAUGGCGAGGAGGAGAAUGCCGACAAUGUGGAGGAGGAUGAGGAGGAAGAGGUCAACGACGCCGCGUCUCCGCUUCAAGAGUCGUCGGUGGACAACCUCCCCGCUGCCCCUGCUGAGGACGACACGGACGACGCGCCAGACGCACCGGCCCCCGGUGCCUCGGUGCCACGCGAUGACUCCGCACCCGCUUUCCCGCCUCCCCGCGCUCCCCCGGCCUUCGACGACGGCGCGGACACUCCCUCAGGCAACGACGGCGAUGAUGAGGAUGACGACGACGACAAAGGUGGACCCAGCCGCGGUGGUGGGGCCGUGGCCAAGCGGCCGCGCCUCGACAAGGGCAAACGGCGUUCCGACAUCGUCGAAGCUCGCUCUGAGAGUCCCGACUCCGACCUGCCUUCUCACCCAGCUCCCCCUUCGACGUCAACCCAGCCUCCUCGCGAGCCCGAUGGCUCAUCGAACCCUCAGCCCCGCGACACUGCCGUCCCCCACGAUGUCGCCCGCACGGCCACGACGCAGUUCAUGGUCCCCACGCAUCUGCACACACACCGUGACGAGGCGCUGUACCCCGGCAUCGAGAACGACACGCUUGCCAACCAGUCGGCGGGCGUGAUCAACUGGCAGGAGGAGCAGCGUGCGGAACAGAGACGCCAACAAGCGGUGCUAGGCAGGGCGCCGGUCGCUGGAACAGAACCCCCGGCCCCAGAGCCAGAGACCACCGCGGAGGCACGCCGCAUCGCCACAGUCGAGUCGAUCGACCGCAACCCCAGUCUGGCAGCGCAGGGCAUCCACCCGCAAGGCAGCGCUGAGGCGACGCGUGGUCGCCCUUCGGCGGUGCAGUACGAGCUUGCCCGGCAGGGCACCGAGGCCGGUCCCUCUAACCCUGGCGUUGGCAGACUCUGGCGCGCUCACCCACCGUCAGCCACAGUUGACCAGCCUCGCCGCGACCCACCUGGCCGUGGUGGUGCUGUCCGUGGCAGGUCUACUCGCGCAACCUCAGAAACGCGCACGAUCGCCCCGUACCCGCGGCCAUCGGAGCGUCCCUCUGCAGCUUCGCGGCGCCCGCGGCGGCGCAGUCCUGUGGAGCCGCCGGUGCAGGAGGCCGUAGAGAGGGAGUCGGAGAGUGCCGAUGUGGGCGGUGGACAGGCCGCCACAGCCGACACCGCCGAAGUCGGUGAGACUGAGGCCGACGAGGCUGCGGUCGAUGCCGACGAGGCCGCAGCCGAUGCCGACGAGACUCCAGCCGAUGCCGACGAGACCAACGACCGCGGCGACGACUCCAAGGACAAGGAAGACGACGACCGUGGCACUGCCGGCGCCGGCGGUAACGUCGCCCCCGGUGGUGACCCCGGCGACGAUGGCUCGGACGACGGCGAAGGUGGCGCAGGCGGUGGCGCCGGCGACGGCGAUGUCGAUGACGGCCACGAUGGCAGCUCGCACCACAGCAGCGACAGGGAGGCGGACGACGCCGCGCCGACCGGCUUCCCGAUCCCGAACACGCCGCCCGUGGACCACCCUGCGCCAGCCCCAGUUCCCGUGACCAGCCCUCCUUCGUCGCCGGCUACUCCACCUCGUCCGACCCAGGCCUCCUGGGAGCGAGCUACGCCUGGUCGUGCUGCCACUGUGGCACCCCCGACUACACCUGCUCGUGCGGAGCCAUCAGCACGUCGUGCGGCGUCGUCGACACCUCGUGCGGAGGCAUCGACACCUCGUGGCUUGCCAAUUCGACAGCAGUCAGUCGCACCGGCCCCCUCGCCAAGCCGUCAGCCAUCAGUGGCACCUCACCCCGCUGCGCCAUCGCGCCGACCGUCCCUUGCCCCGGCACCUGCGACUCAGCUCCCAGCCUACAACGCGCAGUACGACGCCGGCCCGGCCCACCUCGACCGCGGCUAUGGCGCCCCCGUGAAUCGCCCGACCUUCGAGCAGACGCCGUUCGGCGGCAGGGCACGCCUUGCUCCGACCCCGACGAGCGCCGCGCGCGCCGGCACCCCACGCGCCGGCACGCCAGUCGCGGCUGCUGCGCCUGCCGAAGGCUCGAGCUCGAGAUCGCACCUCUCGUUCCCCGGCGACCGAACCAACAGCCAGGGCUUUGACCGCUCACGCUCGGCGUCGGUCGCUCCUGCGCCUGCUGAGGCAGCGCCGGCUCCGCCUGCCGGCGGCUUGCGCCGCUCGGCGCGCCAGGCGUCGGUCGUGAACACCGCCCCACCGCGCCCUACUCGUCAGCCAGCGCGCACGCGUGCGCCUUCCGCCGGCCCGUCGCGCCUGCCGCAGACUGCGGCGGCGGAGACCUCCAACCGCGAGGCUUACCCCGACGCUUACCGCACCGAGCCGAAGGGCGCACCGCCUGCCGCCGAGACCGCGCCAACCGCCGCCGAGGGCAGCUCGACCGCCCCAGUGCUUGACCUCAAGGGCAAGGGCAAGGCCAAGGAACUUGUGGGUGCAGGCGCGCCAGCCCCAUCCGGCGACCCCGGCUCUUCGACCGCACCUGCCGCCGAGGAGGACGACGACAAGAAGCCCGAGGUCGACGAGGACGACGGCGAGAAGAAGCUCGACGACGACGAGGCCGAGGAGGCACAGGACACCGUGCCGGCCCUCCCUGCCGCUCGCGGCGGGCGUGGCGGCCGCGGUGGUCGUGGCCGUGGCCGUGGUGGAGCUCGCGGUGGCAGAACUGCCACAGCCGCUGCGCCGCAGACCGACGCCGCUCCGUCCGGCCGAACGACUCGCGCAUCGUCUCGCGCGUCAUCGCGCGCUCGGUCGGCAUCCGUCGCCCCAUCCGUUGCCCCCGAGGGCGCCGACACCAACGCACCCCAGCCAGCUGGGCCCUCGACCCAGCCCGCAGCUGGUCCGUCGAACGUCACGACCCGCAGUUCGGCCCGCAUAUCCGCGCGUAACCAGGCCCGCGCCGACGCCGCCGCCGCCGAAGCUGCUGCUGCUGCUGCGGCUGGUCCCUCCAACGCCGAGGCCGGCCCCUCGACCAAACCCGACGCGAAGGGCAAGAAGACCAAGGCGGCCCCCAAGGGCAAGGGCAAGGCCAAGGCGGUAGCGGAUGACGAGGUUGACGACGCUGAGAACGCCGAGGCUGGGCCCUCUGGCACAACCGAGCCUGCGACCGCCGAGCCUGCGACCGCCGAGUCUGCGACCGCGGAGCCUGCGAUCGCCGAGCCCGAGGCCCCAACCACCGGAGCUCAGCCCGCCAGUGCAGCCGAGGUUGAGGAUGCCGAUGCAGAGGCGGUCGAGGCUGAGAUGGCAGCGGCUGCUGCCGGCGAGGCACCAGCACCCGUCGCCUCCUACUCGCCUGGCCCUAGCAGCCCUCGCACUCGCAAGCGCAGCAGCGAGCCCGAGGAAGAGGACGAGGGUGAGGGUGGCAGCCUUCGAAAGCGGUCCAGGACCCCGCCUAAGAAGUCGGACGACGACGACCGCGGCACUGGCGGUGCCAGCGGCUCGGGCACGACGGCUGUCUGA